AUGAAACGGAGGGAAAAGAGAAAGGAGAAUACAGCAAGUGUCGAGGUCGCGCAUGCGCCUUCUGCUCAAAUCUUAUAUCAAGUCAUUGGGGAUGGCGCCGCACAGCUCCGGCCGAUCCCGUUGGAUAGAGCUGCUGCAUGGAAAAGCCUCUCUGUUGUUUCCUCAGCACGCCUUCCACGGUGGACAGUCCACCGCGGCGAUAUUGCGAUCGUGGACAUUGGUCCAAAAGGUAUAGAUUACGCUAAGGUGUCCGAUCUUCGUCACUUAUCGGACGGACGCUAUGUUGUCGUCUAUGCUUGGUUAUAUACAAGGAACGAAAUUGCUCGAGAACUUGAAGUGGACGCCAGAUUACCCGCUCAUGCUCUAGUUCACUUUGAUAGUAUGUGGCCACCGAACACUGAGCACAAGCUGAUGCUCAGUACGAAUCGAACCAUCACUAUUUGGGACACUGCGAUCGCAAAAGCUCCCAAGAAGAUUGCAACGAGUAUUUGCCAGUACGCGAUAUAUAACACGACGCCACUAUCGCGAAGAAUAGUUCGUGUGGACCAUCCUAACUUCCAGUGGAUGAGAGAAGUCUUAACGAUGAAACCUGAGACCAAAUGA